CAGGUUUAAUUCCAUAUCCACAUCAUAAUCAAAGUCCUAGAAACACAUAUCAAUGUGCUAUGGGAAAACAAGCUAUUGGUGCUAUUGCAUAUAACCAACUUCGAAGGAUAGAUACCCUUCUGUAUCUUAUGGUAUACCCGCAACAACCAAUGGUAAAAACAAAAACCAUUGAGUUGGUUGGAUAUAAUAAGCUUCCAGCAGGGCAAAAUGCAAUAGUCGCAGUUAUGAGUUAUUCCGGUUAUGAUAUUGAAGAUGCUUUAGUGUUGAAUAGAGCAUCGGUUGACCGUGGUUUUGGUCGUUGCCAAGUCAUGAGGAAACAUGUCGCUUUAAUGAAGAGAUAUUCAAAUGGUUCCUUUGAUCGCAUUGGUGAUCCACCGCCACCGGAAAGUCUACCCAUGGGACCAUCGGCCGAUAGAUUUAAUAUUUUGGAAGAGGAUGGAAUUGCAGGUGUCGGUGAACGAGUUAACCCUGGGCAGGUUAUCGUAAACAGGCAUACGCCAACAAAUUUAAACACAAAUAUUCCAGUAAAUAUGCCUAUCGCCAAUGCACCAGUGAUUCAGUUUACUUGGAAACAUGCACCUUUGACUUAUAAAUCACCGGAAACUGGUUAUAUUGAUAAGGUCUGCAUAACAACCACUGAGCAGGAGCAAACUCUGAUUAAAGUUCUAAUUAGACAGACGCGUAUACCAGAAUUAGGAGAUAAAUUUUCAUCUCGUCAUGGUCAAAAAGGGGUUUGUGGUAUUAUUGUGCCACAGGAAGAUAUGCCAUUUACAGAUUCCGGCAUUUGUCCUGAUAUAAUUAUGAAUCCUCAUGGUUUCCCCUCACGUAUGACAGUAGGUAAAAUGAUUGAAUUAUUGGCGGGUAAAGCUGGGGUUCUAAAAGGAGAGUUACAAUAUGGAACAGCAUUUGGUGGUAGUAAAGUUGAAGAUAUGAGUAGGAUCUUGAUUGAGCAUGGAUAUAGUUAUUCCGGUAAAGAUUAUGUAACCUCAGGAAUAACUGGUGAACCGCUAUCUGCAUAUAUUUUCUUUGGACCAGUAUAUUACCAAAAGUUGAAGCACAUGGUAGUUGAUAAGAUGCAUGCUCGUCCGCGUGCUGUUUUAACACGACAACCUACUGAAGGUCGAUCGAGAGAUGGUGGAUUGCGUUUAGGUGAAAUGGAACGUGACUGUUUGGUCGGUUAUGGUGCUAGUAUGUUACUUAUGGAACGUUUAAUGAUAUCUUCGGAUCAAUUUGAUGUUCAUGUCUGUGAACAGUGUGGUUUAAUUGGGUACAGGGGUUGGUGCCAGCAUUGCAAAUCCAGCAAGCAUAUGGUAACAAUGCAAAUGCCUUAUGCUGCAAAACUACUUUUUCAAGAACUUCAAAGUAUGAAUAUUGUACCAAGAUUAAUUUUAGAAGAAUAUUAA